ACGUAGAACGCGAGACUAAAGGGAGAUAAUAGAGAAUAGUUGUUUCCGGUUUCAAAUACUCUCUAAAUAAUGUGGAUAAAGGCUUUGGCUUUCGUACACAGAUGAAGAGUAACUAAAUAAUAUGCGACUUUUAUUUGUAAUUUCAGGAAGAGGACACUGACAAUAAUUAAAUUCCAUCAUUUGUGCUUGUAUUAUCGAGCUGAAUCAUGUCCCAACACACCCGGUCAAUGCCCCAAAGUAAGGAUGCUCUUCUGAAGUCUUACACCAAACGUUUAAAAGAUGACAUCCGUUCCAUGUUGGACAACUUUACAGAGAUUAUCAAGUUGGCACGUCUUGAAGAGGAUUCACAGAUAUCUCGCGCAACCCAGAGUGAACAGGACCAGUAUGAGAUGCAGGUCCGAGCAGCCAACAUUGUGAGAGCAGGUGAAUCCUUGAUGAAACUUGUGUCGGACUUAAAACAGUUUUUAAUACUGAAUGAUUUCCCGUCAGUGAAUGAGUCAAUCUCCCAGAACACACAGCUAUACAAACACAUGCAGAGUGAGGUCGACGCUAAACUCAUGGUCCUCCGAGAUGAGAUGGCCACGGAUCUAUAUGAGCUUGAAGACGAGUAUUACUCUUCUGUCUAUAAAUAGCAAUGAGGUCAAGGUCAAACAAGUGUAUUGCUUCGUGUGGGUUUUUAAAAUCAAGCUGGUAUUGAUGUUGGAGAAAAUGUAUUUGAGCAAAAUAACAAGUUUGGUUGAAUUAUUUUAGGGUAAUCAGGGUUUGAAAAGGCUUUCAAUUUUUAGGCUUGUCUUUAAAAGUGUUUCAAUUUUGCCUUGAAAAGGCCUCUUAAUUGGAUUUUGUGCUUUAGAAAGGCCUUGUAUUUUUCUGACCAAUCCUCAACAAUAGUAAAUUACCUAACAAUAAUAGAUCUUUACAUAUUUUGGG